AUGCCUGUAUCAUUGGAAACACAGCCAACUCCUGGGCAGGAAGCGCUAUUCAAAGCAUUGGGUCUCUGGCGUGAGGCUAGAUCGUUCAUUCGGAAUCUCAGAUUCAUCUACAAUCUCGCACCCGAUGCGGCUCUGACAGGGAGGUGGGCAGCUCUUUUCGCGCUGGAUAGUAAAAUCAUUUGCUGUUAUUCAUCUUUCCCCGCUACGCUACGAAACUUCUAUGGGAGCAGUCUUUGUGAAUCGGGAGAGGCCCCAGAACUAUUGCUUUCGCUUCACGCGGUAUACCACCAAUGUCGCGCCCUGCUACAUCUCGCCAUGUUUAUGUUCCUACGAAAAAAUACUUCAGCACCCUCCGACUACGUUAAUCUAUGUGCUCGGGUCUCUAUGUCUCACUUAAAUUACUUUGCAGAUGUCGCCACUAGCUUUAUGUCUCUAGCUCCGUCGAACGCCUCGGCAAAUCCACCUUUCAUUGCAUACUGUGCUUUUCUAACAGCGUCGAUUCAGCUGGCUUCUUUGAAGCUGUUUCAGGGAUCCACCGGAAAUAUUGCCUAUGCUAGCCCAUAUGCGUUGGAUCUGUUAAGAAAACGAGCCUUGUCCAGCCUCCUUGUGCUGCAACACCUCCAAUCUUAUUGGUCCUCGUGUAAAGAACUGCUUACCGGUCUGCUCCACAGCUUGACCGUCUCCAACCACUAUGCUUCCCUGUCCGAAUAUCGCCAGACGAUAUAG